UACAGUCUGGAGAUAGACUGCACAAACUUGUCCAGUUGUAACCUAACACUGCCCUGAAGAAAGAGCUGCAAAGAUAAAGACGUGAAGUGUCCUCUUUAUUUGAAACUGCAGGACAUUCCUGGCAGGGACAAGUCACCAGGCAGGGCACUUUUAAGGAAUAUGUAAAGACAAAGGAAGAAAGAAAGACAAGUUGAAGAAAUCUAGUUAAGAGGGCUGGAGGAGUGGGGUGUUUGGAGAAGGGAGCAGCUUCAGAGACCUGAAGGAGACCUUCACAUGGAGAGGACGAUAGAAUGACACUCCACUUGUGGGAGCUCCAUUAAAGUGUAAACAAAAAAAGUGAGUUUCUCCAAUGUGUCUCUGUAUCCUUCGGGGUGGGAAUUGGCUGAUCACAGGAUUCCUCAAUGCUGCUGGGGCUGAAAUGUGUCUGGAGGGAAGUUUAAGCGGAGCUGGAGUGUCUUGCAGCUGAACAAUCAAGCAAACUUUUGUGCAUGUGGAUGCGGCAGUUGGGGAGAGGUGUCCUGCCCGGGUCCCAGUCAGAUGUCCGAGGUGAGAAGUGACCUCUCAAGCCAUUCUGACUCACUCAAUGGAGACCCCCUGCCGGAUCAGACACCCUUCCUGCCCACUAGCACAGAUCAGGAGGCGAUCUCGUGCACUUCCUCCACGCAGAAUCCAGCGGUAGCACCGUCUGCUCUGUGCCACAUCCCAGCCCCUCUCCCUCAGGCCCCAGCAACGGAGGAGAAAGAGAAACUGCCAGAAGACGACAAGUCCCUGAACCUCCUGGCAAAUGGAACAGCACCACCCAAAAGUGAGGCCAAGUCAGAGUUCAUGGUCACUCCCGAAGCUGUGACACGCCAGCCCCAGGUGCGAACACCCCUGCGGGGUAUCCAGCCAUCCAGCCCCAUGGACUGCACCCCUCUGCUGCAGAAUGGCGCCGGGUGUGUCCCGGACCCAGGCGGGACAAACCGAGAUGCCGGGAACGGCAUCCUCGGCUCGCUGCCCAGCUCUCAGAAGCCUCAUCGGAAGCUGCAGUCACACUAUUCCAUUAACAGCCAGGGCAGCAAGAAGAGCAAAGGCAGCUCCAAAUCAGCCUCCUCCCAAAUCCCUGUGGAGGCACAGCAAGAUUGCUGUGUCCACUGCAUCCUCUCCUGCCUCUUCUGUGAGUUCCUGACCCUCUGCAACAUUGUGCUGGACUGCGCCACCUGCGGCUCCUGCAGCUCCGAGGAUUCCUGCAUCUGCUGCUGCUGCUGCGGCUCCGGGGAGUGCGCCGAAUGCGACCUCCCCUGCGACAUGGACUGCGGCAUCGUGGAUGCCUGCUGCGAGUCCGCGGACUGCCUGGAGAUCUGCAUGGAGUGCUGCGGCCUGUGCUUCUCCUCCUGAAGCGAGGCAGGGGCGAGGAACCCAGAGCCAAAUCCCUCGCCCAGGCAUAAACCUGAGGGGAUGGGGGUGGGGCGGGGCAGGCGAGCCUUGGAUUGGGGAUCUCCCCCUACUCCAUCCUCACCCAUUUGGCUCUCAUUUUUCUUGACCUGCCCCGUGUCAUGUGUUCGGAGGACCCUGCAGGUUUCCUGAGCCAAUGUUUGAGAGAGCCACGUGGGAGAUGGAAAGGGGAGGAGUCCGGAGACCCCAGCAGAGCUGGUAACCUGAGGCUGGAAAGCACCUGGGGAUGAGAGUCCCUUCCUUAGAGCCAUGGGACAGCGGAAGAUUCGUUGGAAACCUGCAGGACCCAAACUUUCUCUCUCUACCUCCCCCAGCGCUGUCCGGCUAGGUAACCCCAAGCGGUUCACGAGGGAAUUGAGACAGCAGCGUGGCUGUUUCCUGCCACUUGAGCCGAGAGCAGGAGAGCAAGUCGUACGCGGAGACCCUGAGCUGCCUUGCUAGGCCAAGAUCAGACAUGCACCGAGCCAGAGGCUGUCUGAGGAAUCAGCGAAUGGUGCCACUCCACUGGCUGGCUGCUCCAGUGUCCCGCUGGCUGACAGCUGGCGUGUUAUCACGGCACGAGUGGCCCUUGGCUGGCAAAGAAAAGUGAGCCAGGUGCACUGGUGCCAGCUGAUUGGCAGCUAUUGCAGGAGCAUCCAUGCUGCUAGUUCACAACUACGGCAAGGGCGUGGUGCCUGCUUGCUGGUAUUCUAGACACAGGAGUGCCUGCUGGUUUGCAACUUGAAGGAGUAGGCUGAUGUCCCCUAGUCAGCAGUUAGGUACCAUGAGCCCGCAGGGGGAUUGCAGCUGGCCUGCCAGCACCCAGAGUACAAAGACAGGACUUUUUCACAGAGUUCCCGCAGGCCCGUCUAACUUCCUUGCCCUGCGGACUCAGACGAUGGGGCCCAAGACGUGCCACAAAAUGCAUGCACCGUCCUCAUCCUCCCUCCUCAGGCGGGAAGCGGUGGCUAUGGGCUGCAGGGCGCUGUGAGCUUCAGGGGGCAGGCCGGGAUGGAAGGUUGGAGAUCGAAUGCCUCAGCCUCCCCUUGCGGUUGGAAGUGGCUUCCCUGCCCCCUUCGUGGUGCUGAGGAAGAUAGGCAAGUGCAAUAAACCCAGCCGGCUGCUCCCUUGUGACCCCAGCACUUGGGCUAUCGCGUGCGCGCGCGCACAC